GUGCGUCCCCAACUCUCUCUCCCUUUCUCUCUCUCUCUCUCUCUCUAUCUAUCUAUCUAUCUCUCUUUCUCCCUCCCUCUCUCCCUCGGCCCGUGGAAACUUGGAACUUCGGAAGCAAGGACGAACGGAAGCGUGAAAACGUGAACACAAACCAGCUUAGGAAGCCUAUGCUGUCUGUGACCUUGGAUUUUAUGAGACUAUUUAUCUUUUUGCCGAAACAAAAAUUCCUACAAAGGCUACGAAAAAGAGUGUGUUUUGGAAGGAGGAAGGGGUGGAGGGCACAGCAAGGCCGCCAUGCCUCACCUCCUCCAGCCCCGUCAGCUGCUGUGGUCCAGCAUUAGUGCAACAAGCAGCAUGGUGCUGACACAAGUGCUGACCGUGCCUGACCAUGCCAAGGAAGCCAAGAUUCGUCUAUUACUGCACCAAGUGCUGCCACCAAUACUGCUGCAAAAUGUGCUGAAUUGUGUCUUACACCAACUGGCUGUGCACCAUCCACUGAGCACAUCUCCCUCCAUCAUCUCUUGCCUUCUGCGGAUACUUGCGCACCCCAACAUCAACAAGUUGCAGCUGUCUGACCUGAGCUUUGCUGGGACAGUUGAGCUGGAAGCCCUGGACAAAGUUGAGUCAACACUUAUUGAACUUCUCCCAUCCUUUAACUGCCUCACCCACCUUGAUUUAUCUACUCACGGACAGAAAGUAACCCUGCCCUCAUGUUCCUCAGGAGUGCUGGAGGCAGUGGGACACUGCUGUCCAAAGUUAUUGCUGCUUAAUCUUAACCACAAUAACAGGGUAACCUCAGAAGGAUUGUUGCACCUUUACCCAGGCGAGCAACGACCAGGUUGUCUCAAGCUGGAGCAGAUCUUCGUUCAAGACUGUGGUGCUGAGCCUGAGGAUGUGGCUAUGCUGCUGCAUUUCUUCCCAGCAUUGCGAUUGGUUGGCUUCAGAGAGCUGGGUACGUCCCUGCAGAUACUACAUUCUCAACCUCGCUGGUUCAGGGGAAGGCGGCGCCGGAAGCCACACCGUUACAGACUACAGCUAACACACGUGGACAACACUUUGUCACGGGUACAGCGAUGUGAUGGGGAAAUUGUGGAUUUCCUGGUGGAGUCAUGCCCAGAGGUGGAGAACCUCAAGAUUCGUGUGUGUGAUGAGGACGUGGGGCAGCUAGACAGACUAGGGCAGCUGCGGCACCUGGAACUGAGAUUCUACACGGGCAUCCACCAUCCUAUAGGCACCACUACUGUCAACUACCUGACAGGACCUGGUGGUGCUGGUCUGGUCUCCCUUACAAUAUUCUGCCACCGCCUUCACGCCUAUCACGCAGCUACUAUUGCCAAAAGCUGUCCCAACUUGACAAAGCUGUACUUCUACGCCAACAUGGCUGUGGCUGACAUUCCCCUCUCCUCCCACAUCAACAACAUGCAGAAAUUAGAGGUGCUUAGUUUGCGUCUAGGACAUGACGAGCUGACCAUGAGUCCUACUGCCUGUGAUUUGCUCCUCUUCCUAGUGAAGGAUGUGCACCGCCUCCAGGAGCUGUACCUGUUGGUGCGAUCCCUUGGGGUGACUCACAGCUUCAUUGCAUCACUGCUUGCCAAAAACUCACUUCCUUCUCUCAAGGUUUUCAUAGCUGAUGCACCAAGAAGGACUCUGGCAGCCCCUAUGCUGGAGCUAAACAUUGAAACAGCAUACCUGAUCAUCAACACAUGUCCAAACCUGCAGAUGCUUGGGAACCUUAUCUGCUGGAACAUUACUACAGAGGAGGUUGCUGAACUGCAGGCAAUGAAGCGACUAUGCAACUUUGACCUCACCAUCCUCUACAAGCACUCAAACAAGAUCAAUGACAAGUUUACCAACUAGUCAGCCAGCCAACCCACCAAUCAGGCAGCAUUGAUCUUUCCCACCAGUGGCGUGUUAACCCAUGGCAGGACCCAGGGCUACAACCUCCUUAGGACCCCUCAACAUCUCUCCCAAACACCCUAAAGCAAACCCACAUGCUAUCCUUAGGCCAUCCCAGACUAUGCAUCAAAAUUUCACACAAAUUGAACCAUUAUAUAAUUUAAUGCAUCCUUAUUGUCUCUCAUAUCAAAGAGGAUUCCUAUAAAUUAAAUUCAGUGAUGCAUAGCAUGUGAUUGGUGUAUCUGUGGUGUAAUGAUGCAUUUGCCCUUGGUCUAGGUGCUUCAGCCUAGUCAGCCUUAUAGAGAAUGCAGUAUUGUUCCCAAUGUCAAAGUUGUAAGAAAAUUCCUAUAAUGUCAAAGAAGUCACAAGCUAUUAAAUGAAAGGAUUAUUAAUCAUACCUGAAACAAAAUGGUACAAAAACAAGCCUUGCAAACUAUAUAUGCCAGAGAAAUAAUUAUUUAUAUAAAGUACACAUCAGUAAUCAGUAUUUUGAACAACUUUCAGCAAAUUUAACAAAAGGUAGCUACAAGCAGUCAUGGCAGGUGAUGGUGAUAGAAGUAAUUUCACUAACUACACUUGCAAACAAUUAGGCAAGUGAUAAGGAUAGGAGAGUUUUAAAAGAUGUUGAGUAUUUAAUAAGAAUUGGUUAGGUAAAGGUAGGUACCCUUGAUGAUGUUAAAGCAAAAUAUAAGUAUUGAAAUUACUCCAUAGACCCUACUCCCUUUGUGGACGGUGCUGUGUUUGGUAACGGUGUAGAAAGUAUGACAUCUAGAUCUACUGGAAGCCUAGUCAUCCUUAACCAAUGGACAACAAUGUGCUAAUGUCAUUUAAAAAUUUCAGUGUUCAAGUUUCAAGAUUCACUGUUUCCUUCUGCCAGUGUCCGUGGAGCAUCACAGUUACUUAUGUGUUACUAUAUUAUACACUGUGGUGUGAUUGCAAGACUUAAUAUGUUGAUGCCAUCCUGUUCAAAUUACACCUGGUAGUGCUCCAUUUUUCUGUACAAUGUCAUUAAGAAUUAGCAAUGUUUUGUAGUGAAUCACACCUGUUCUCAGUAACACUUAUUGAGAUGAUGUUAAGCAAAGUCAACAGACUAAUAAUCAUUGCAUAGAGAGUUACAAGGUCCUAAACCACCAUGCCAACACUUGAGUAUGUCAUUAUAAAUUAUACAUUCUCAAAUUAUUUUUGUACAAAGAUGUAUCUACCAUGAAGUAUUGUGAUAAUAAAUAUUAGUGUCUGGGA